GACAAUGAAGCCCUGGAUCACGCCGGCUGCGAUACUGUUCUCUGGCUGCCCGCCAACAACCCAGAAGAUUUAGUCCACAUGAAGAACAAUCAAAAUGAAGAUGUGGCGAAGACAGCUCCCAGAACAGGCCAGGCUAAGGCAGGAAGAGGAGGACCCCAGUCAAGCACCAAGAAGAAAGACAAAUCUCCAUCACAGAAUGGAGGUUCAGAAGUGUGGCCGCCGCCAACGGAUCGGCCCAACAGCAGGCAGAGGGACCUGAUUGUUCACACCAAUGGUGGUGUGGCAGAGCCUAGAGGUACUGCUAAAAGGAGCCAGAAGGCUGGGAAGAAAGCAAGUGGAAAGAAUGGAAAAGAGGGCACCAAGAAAAGCCAUGAUUCCAAAGAUCACCUUCCACCAGACCCCUUGCUAGUUGUGGGACAGUAUCUGGACAUAGCCCAGGGACCAGCCAGGAUACCGGUCCCAAGCCGAGCUUCAACUCUCCCUGCCCAGGAGAACACCACCCCUGGGGUCCCGGAUCUGAGGAAGGGCCCUGGAGGAUCCGCCAGCUCCACGCCCAGCCACCAGCGCUGGAGCAACCCAGCAGAGAGCACCCCAGCCUGGGAUACCUCCUUCCACACCUGCCGGCGGCCCCUCACUGAGUACCGCCCCUACGCCCAUGACUUCACCCUGCCCAGGGGGAAAGACUGGGACCAGGUCCAGGACCCGGCCCACAGUGGGAGCAUGAGACAAGUUCAGUUGUCCCAUGGGCUCCCUCGACGGUCUGUCACCGAUGUGGAUCUCUCCGACCCCAACCGCUCAACUAGUUUUGGAAAGUUUGAGAACAAUCGGCAGCAGCCAUCACCAGCCAAGUUAGAAGAAAAUGGAGUCACAUUGGGUGCAGAGGAGUCUGGCGGUGAGAGUAUCGAUCCAACAAAAUCAGCGAGCCUGGGGAAGAAGAUGAAGGCGAUCUCUCUGACCAUGCGCAGAAGGAUGGGCAAGAAGCAUGUCAAAUCCUUCUCAGAGGAAAUGGGGGAUGAGACAGACAGAGACCAUGAAGGAGAAGCAGAGAGCAGUCCUGCUGUGGAGCAAGGCUCUGAGAAGACCAGCAACUCUUUGGAGAGCCUCUACAGUGGCCAGAGCUCCUCCAGCUUAGGUGGUGUGACCAGUGCUUCGGAAGGUUCCAGUACAAGAGACAGUCUGAGGGCGGAUGAGGAUGGGUCCUACCAUGGACAGUUCUGUGGAAAAGCUCGGGUCCACACAGACUUUGUCCCAAGCCCAUAUGACACUGACUCUCUCAAACUUAAGGUUGGCGACAUUAUUAGCAUCAUUAGUAAACCUCCCAUGGGCAUAUGGACCGGCAUGCUGGAAAACAAGGUGGGCAACUUCAAGUUCAUCUACGUUGAUGUUCUGGUUGAGAAAGAGAAAGAGGAAGAAGCCCCUAAGAUCAGACCUCAGAAGGUGUGCAGGAGGCCUCGACCCAAAACACUACUGGAACUACUUGAGCGUCUUCAGCUGGAGGAGUAUGCUUCUGCAUUGCUCCUUAACGGUUAUCAGACCGUGGAGGAUCUGACACACCUGCAGGAGAAGCACCUGAUAGAACUCAACGUGAUGGACCCUGAACACAGACGCAGGCUGCUGGCCGCAGCAGACUACCGCUACAUUGAGAGUGAAGAUGUGAGAGAGAGCGAGGAGCCUAAGUCCUUGUCGUCACACAGUCUGAAGGAAGAGAAGAGCGACUGUCCCAGAGACUCUGGGUGCUUCAUCCCCUCAGAAUGCACCGACAACAGCAAAGAGGAUACAGACAACCAAGGAGAGUCACAUACCGUUUAACCACCCAUGGAUAAAACAAUCAACUAGAAUAUUGUAAAGAGUUACUAUCCUUUAUGUACCACAUCAUGCCUGCAAUGGAUGAACUGUGACACAGUUGUAUUGUCCUUCGAACCAUUUUCCCCCUCUCUGAGCUUUUGUGUAUUAUGCAACUUUUCUAUGUACUUAUUAGACUGCUACAUCAAAAGCAUUUCAGAACAGUUAGGAAAUGCCUUUGGUUUUUGUGAAAGCCUGUCACCAAGAUGUUGACAUAUAUUUGGAUAGCUUGUAAAGGACACUGCGACGGGUGAUGGGAGGAUUGUGUUCCAUUCCGUUCUUAGUGUGUUUGUAAUAUUUCCACUUUAUGAUGGUUAUAUGUAAUACAUUCUGUGUGUGUGUAAGAGUGUUUAUUUGAAUGAUUUUUAAAGAUUUUCAAAAGUAACUGUUUUUGUAAAUACAACUGAAAGUAUAAACAUAAUCUAUGCCAUCCUAAUAAACUAUUUAUGCAACAUUA